AUGUCGUUUUCAGUUCGUUUGAUGAAGAGCGAAGGUUUACUCGGUAGUAUGCUGUAUUACGAUGGUCAACUGAACGACUCUAGGAUGGAUCUUGCCAUUGCCAUGACGGCUACGGUGGAUGGUUACAUUGAUGGAUGGGUACCAGCUACUGUAGUGAACCAUGCUACAGUAGAACAUGUGAGGAAGAAUGCUCAAGGGCUUUGUGAUGGCGUCCAAGUUAAGGACGAGCUGAGUGGUGAUACAUUCGAAGUAACAGGCAAGAUAGUGAUCAACGCGACUGGAGCUAGGGCCGACUUCCUCCGGAGGGAUGUAGACCCUGAUGCUGGUCCUAAGAUAGCAGUCAACGCUGGAGCACAUAUCAUAUUACCCAAGUCGUAUGCUCCCCGACCAUAUGGCAUGCUCAUCCCGUCGACUAGCAAGAGCCAUACCACACUUUGCUACUUCCCCUGGGAAAGCAAUACUCUCGUCGGCGCUGUUAACCACAGUGCUGACUUGACCGACUCCCAACCACACCCAUCGGUAGAGGUUCUAGAUGUUAUUCUAGACGAGAGCACGGAGUAUCUGCAUGUGAACAGAGAGGAUCUUAUCCAAGAUACACAAGCUGCUUGGAGUGGAAUAAGACAGCUGAGUUGUGAUCCCAACGAUUCUCGUUUCGGCAAGGAUUUCCGCGGUCAUCAAAUUGUUGUAGACCGCCGGUCUGGCCUUGUGAGCAUAUUCGGAGGCAACUGGACUACAUGCCGGUUGAUGGCAGAAGAAUGUGUUGACAAGGCACUGUCCUUGCACAAGAAGGAUGUUUCUGUGAAGUACCCUUGCCGCACGUAUAAGUUGAGACUUAUAGGCAGCCAAGAUCCGAGGUUCCCAUCGUGGCAUGCAGAUUCAUCACUUCGAGUGAAAACGAUGGCAAUGGAGUUGCACAGAGAGUAUGCAGUCGAUGUGGAUGGUGCGACCAUCUAG